AUGCGGGCUGCCGCCUGCCUCCUCUGCCUGGCGCUCGGCGCCCUGACAGCGGCCGCAGGAGGCGCCGGGCCGGCGACGGCGGCAGCGGGGCGGCAGCGGGGCGAGAGCCCCUUCGCCGAGCGAGAGAGCAUCAGGCCCCUGCGGCUGGUCUCCGGCGAGGGCGGCGGCGGGGCGCGGUGGCCGGCGCUGAGCACGCGGGUGCGGAGCGAGGCGGCGCGGGCGCAGUCUACCCACAUUGCUCGAGCCAGCUUCCAGGUUGAUGCCUUUGGAUCAUCUUUCAUCUUAGAUGUGACACUAAACCAUGACCUGCUGUCUUCUGAAUAUCUUGAGAGGCAUAUCGAGCAAGGUGGGAGGACAGUGGAAGUUAAAGGAGGAGAACAUUGCUAUUAUCAGGGAAAAAUUCGAGGAAAUUCUGUAUCAUUUGUUGCCUUGUCAACAUGCCAUGGAUUACAUGGGAUGUUCUAUGAUGGAAAUCAUACUUACCUUAUUGAACCAGAUGAAAACUACACUUCGGAUGAUGACUUCCAUUUCCACUCUGUUUACAAAUCCAAGUUGUUUGAAUUUCCUUCAGUCGACCUGCCAUCUGAAUUCUGGCAGACGAAUACUACAUCACAGAAUUUUGUUGUAAGGCCAAGACACAAAAGAAGGAAAAGGCAGGUUCGUCAGAUUCCACGUAAAGUUGAAGAGGAAACAAAAUACAUUGAGUUGAUGAUUGUAAAUGAUCAUCUAAUGUGUAAAAAGCACCGCUUGUCAGUCGGCCAUACCAACAGCUAUGCUAAAUCAGUUGUGAACAUGGCUGAUUUGAUAUAUAAAGAACAACUUAACACCAGGAUAGUAUUGGUUGCCAUGGAAACCUGGGCUACUGAUAACAAGUUCACCAUAUCUGAAAACCCCUUGGUGACUCUACGUGAGUUUAUGAAAUAUAGGAGGGAUUUUAUCAGAGAGAAAAGUGACGCAGUUCACCUUUUUUCGGGGAGUCGAUUUCAGAGCAGUCGAAGUGGUGUAGCCCACACUGGUGGAAUCUGCUCCUUGCUUAAAGGCGGAGGUGUGAAUGAGUUUGGAAAGCCAGACUUAAUGGCAGUUACCCUGGCACAGACCUUGGCCCAAAAUAUUGGCAUUUUCUCAGACAGAAGAAAACUCCUAAGUGGUGAAUGUAAGUGUGAGGACAUGUGGUCUGGAUGCAUAAUGGGAGAUAUGGGGUACUAUCUUCCAAGCAAGUUCUCUGAGUGUGAUAUUGAAGAGUAUCAUGAAUUUUUAAACAAUGGAGGUGGAGCCUGUCUUUUCAAUAAACCAACCAAACUUCUGGAUCCUCCAGAAUGUGGCAAUGGCUUUGUGGAAGAUGGAGAGGAAUGUGACUGUGGGACAAUAGCGGAGUGUGCCAGUGAAGGAGGAGAGUGCUGCAAUACCUGCACCCUGACCGCGGGCUCCCAGUGCAGCAACGGGCUCUGCUGUCGGAAGUGCCGGUUUGAGCCUAAAGGAGUUUUGUGUCGAGAAGCAGUGAAUGAUUGUGAUAUUGCAGAGAACUGCACAGGAAAUUCCAGCCAGUGUUCUCCUAAUAUCCAUAAAAUGGAUGGAUAUUCGUGUGAUAACAGACAGGGUAUUUGCUUUGGAGGAAGAUGUAAAACCAGGGACCGGCAAUGUAAAUAUAUCUGGGGUGAAAAAGUGACGGCUGCUGACAGGUACUGCUAUGAGAAGCUGAAUAUUGAGGGGACUGAGAAAGGAAACUGUGGAAGAGACAAGGACUCUUGGGUACAGUGCAAUAAACAGGAUGUGCUUUGUGGAUAUCUUCUGUGCUCCAAUAUAUCCAAUGUGCCCAGACUUGGAGAACUCGAUGGUGAAAUCACAACAUCAAUCUUGCACUAUGGAAAAGUCUACAAUUGCAGUGGUGGCCAUGUGAAGCUCGAUGAAGACAUGGACCUGGGCUACGUGGAGAACGGGACGCCGUGCGGGCCGGACAUGGUGUGCCUGGACCAUCGCUGCCUCCCCACCGAGGCCUUCAACUUCAGCACCUGCCCGGGCACCACCGACAGCCAGAUUUGUUCAGGACAUGGGGUUUGUAGCAAUGAAAUAAAAUGCGUCUGUGACCGAUUCUGGGGAGGAGAUGACUGCAGUGAUCGUAUCAAAGACGAUCUAUUUUUUGAUAAGGAUGCCAUCAAUAAAGGUGUGGUUAGCACAAAUAUAAUAAUAGGGGCUAUUGCUGGCACCAUUUUAGUGUUGGCUCUCGUUUUAGGAAUAACUGGUUGGGGUUACAAAAACUACAGAAGACAGAGACAAAUACCCCAGGGAGAUUAUGUAAAAAAGCCGGGAGAGGCCGACUCUUUUUAUAGCGACAUGCCUCCUGGAGUCAGCACAAACUCUGCAUCUAGUUCUAAGAAGAGGUCUGCUUUUCUGUCGCAUUUUCAGAUUUCUACCUGUUCCAUCACCCAUUAUUCCAUUAGUCAGAACAUUUCAUUGUUUUGCAGCAGGUCAAAUGGAUUAUCUCAUUCCUGGAGUGAAAGGAUCCCAGACACAAAACAUAUUUCAGACAUUUGUGAAAAUGGGAGGCCUAGGAGUAAUUCUUGGCAAGGUAAUAUAGGAGGAAACAGAAAGAAAGUCAGAGGCAAAAGAUUUAGGCCACGGUCUAAUUCAACUGAGUAUUUAAACCCAUGGUUCAAAAGAGAAUAUAAUGUAGCUAAGUGGGUAGAAGAUGUGAAUAAAAACACAGAAGGACCAUACUUUAGGACACUGUCUCCUGCAAAGUCUCCGUCUUCAUCCACUGGAUCUAUUGCUUCCAGCAGAAAAUACCCUUACCCGAUGCCACCACUUCCUGAUGAAGAGAAAAAAGUCAACAGGCAAAGUGCCAGGCUUUGGGAGACAUCCAUCUAGCUGCAGUGUUUUCCUGGGGUCACAUCAGAACUGUUUACUUUGGAUUUUAUAGAAACUCAGCAUCACUGAGUCACUGCACAUUCAUCUGCUCUUCAGACAAUUUGAAAGAUCAACAGAGGUGCCCGUGAUAUCGUAUCGCAGUGAUAACCUCCUGUCAUGUGGAAAGGAAAAAAACAGUCUUUUUUUUUUUUUUCUUUCUUUUUUGUUGACUUGUAUUUUAUGGAUUUGAUGAACAACCAAAAUCAUAACAUUUGACAGAGAAUAAUUAGCCCAGAUGUGACAAGGCUGUUCCGCAUGGUGACCUAGAAUCCCAGCUGCAGUCCAUUUGCCAGUCCUGUGUAAGAGAGGUUUUUCUCUGGUUUACUGCAGUCCUGAGUCAGAUCAGAGUGGAACUGGGAACAUGCCUCACGGAGAGCCCAGCUGAUGUAAACUUGUACGCUGUAUGCAUGAACCUUGUGUUCUUUACUUUCCACAUGUAAGGGAAAAACAACAUACUGUAGUAGAGAUUAGCAUGCAGGAGUAAGAAACAUAGGAAUUUUUUUUGUGACAGGAUUUCAAGCUUUGAAAGGCAACUAUUUGACACAAACGGCAAACAAACAAAGAUUAUAUCUUUUUUUUUUUACCUUACAUGUUUAUAAUCUCAGUAUACAGAUUGUAUAUAUGUAAACAUUCAAUAAUGUCAAAAAUAGCUGUUAUAUGUAUGUGUAUUUUGCCAAAUGCCUAAAGAAACAGUCAUGACUAACAUCAUCACACUUCAGAUUUUCUAAUAUUAUGAGCAGACAUCCUUGGAAAUACAGAAAGUACAGUACUGUAAAACUGUGUCUCUCAGAAACUGGUGUUUGACCAAAAUCUAUACAACUUUUUCAGCAUCUAUACUGUCUUGACAAUCUCAAUUGUACAGUAGACUGCGGAAACCAGUACAGCAGCACUUUGUCUUAAAUCAUCAUAAAAGGAACCAGCCAAAAUCCCUUGUUUAGUAAGAUAACCACUGUAUCCUCUCACAGGUGUAAUCAAGAAUGAUUCGGCAGACAGCAGAGUCUUUAAGUCAUGUGCCCAAACUUACUGGACAUUUGGGAAUACUUCUAAGUGGUCAACUCAGGAUGUGGUGAUGUGAAGUCUGUCUGUGAGAGUUGCUGUGUAUUUUUGAUAGAGCAUUUCAGACACUGUUUUAGAUGGCAAGGCAUAGGCUUAUGAGAAGUAUAACGAUUUCACUGCACUAGAUAAUAACAGUGCUGGGCAAGUGGCCAGUUUCAUUACUGUCUUUCAAUUUUUAUUUAUUACUGGAAUCGCAUUUACCAUGCGCUUGAAUGCUAUGCUUGCUGCCCCUGAAGCCCCCUUGACAAUUUUUUGGGGCAUUAAACUGAGCACAAAUGAAUUUAGCUUAAAAAGAAUAAGGGGGGAACAACUCUUUACCAUGUUAAUCUUGUCUGUAAGUUGAUGGUUGUAUUUCUAACACCCGAGACUUCUGAAGGUUGUUGUAAAGCAAAUGCCUUCUGGUUGGGAAUUUUCAGUUAGUGAGAAACUGGACCAUAUUUAAUCAGUUUCUAAUUCUCUAGUUUUCCAAAACUGACUACUUCUUAGCUUCAGGUAGUACCAUUGCAGAAUAAAACACCUGACUCUGUGGUGCAGUUGAAUACCCUACCCAACAGCUGUAUGAUUAAUUAGAUAUUAUUGUAUUGGGAACAUCUACGGUGUUUCUGAAUCUUCUACCUCUUUCAUGUAUUUCCUUUAGUAAGUGAACCCAACACUUGCAGCCUUUUAAUGUAUUUUUUUAACUUUUACGUCUCUCAAUAAAGUCAGAUAUAUGUAAGAUUAAAUUAAUAAAUGUUUAAAGAUGUUGGCAGCUGUAAAAUAUGUAAGAUUUUUAGAUGCACUAUAUUUUAUGAUUAGGCUGUAUGUUGGAUUAUGACAAAAUAUUGGCCUUGGCAUUCAAAUGAUUUUCUCACAGUCAACAGGUUCUGGUAAGUAUUUGGAAAAAGACGAAUAUAUGUGAGCACAAGUGGGUGCAGACUGACCAUCUGGAAAGAGACAGUUACUGGUAACUGCUUUAGGGAAAGAUUCUGCAUUUUUGUGAAAGGUAAAUACAUCAAUCAGCACUGAGGAUUAUUUUUUUUUGGCAAAGAUUUACUUUGAGUGUAGCUAUCUGGAUUAAACAGUUGAUAGCAUGUAGCUUAUGAAAUUAGGGUCUGAGCCAUAACUUGAAAUCAAUAUGUCUUUUGUUGAUUUCACUGGACUUUGAGCAGGACCCUCAAGAGGUUCACCCACAUUAGGACAUUAUGAUAACCUAAUCAUCGCUGUAUUACUCUGUCACCUGAAAGCUGGUUUUCCCUCCCAUAUUCAUAUCUUGUCUUUAGUAACUGGACUGUUCAUCAUGUGCCUUUUAUGGUACUUGUUUGGAUACAAACUGGCAUGUAGUUUUGAAUGAUCCCAUUAGAUUUCUGUGCACAUCUUAUGUUUAUCAGUGUUUACUCUUCCCUUUCCAUUUUGCCUUACCAAGAAGCAGCAAGAUUUGGCAGACAGAACUGGAGAUAACAUGCAGGCUCUUUCUGCUAUGUUCAUAGCUUCUUGUUUUGCAAACAAAUGCCCCUCCUGACUGUAUUUUCAAAGUAGUAUGUACUUCCAGCUUCUUUUGUUUUAAUAUAAUUUAUUUGUAACAUAUGAUGAUACACUUAUGUGUGUAGUGUACCUUUAACAGUCACCCUCACAUUUGGAGAUAUGUAGUGACUGGAAGUCUAGUUCUGAGCACUAAGUUUAAGUUAAAUAAAUGUUGACUUUCACUUUGGUGGUCUAGCGUGAGAAUAUCACAGGACUUGUGUUCUUGCAAAAUUCUUCUGCAGAGAACUUUGCAUCAGGUUGGUAACUUGGGAGACCUGAACUGGCAUGGCUGUGUGAGCCUCCCAGGCCAGUGGAGGUUGGACAGAGGAGUUGUUUGCUUACAAAGCUGUAAUUUCCUACUUUUAAAAUGUAGUAUGUUGGAAAGCUGCCAGAAUAAUAACCUUGAAGAUUGCAAAUAUUUUUAUCCACUGUAGUUAGUUACGCUGGCAAUAGCAAUAUAAACUGCUGCAUAAUACCUCAUCCAGACUAAAAUAAAUUACUUGUCACUAAUAUAGCUCAGUCAUUUUGACUAAUUGAGAUUCAUGCUUUUAUUUUGGUUUUAUUUUAAUAAAUGAACUAGUUAAUUGCCAACUAUGCUGUAGAUGCCUGUUGAAGUGAGGAAGCCAUCAGUUCUCAACUAGAAGUAAUUGUUUGUAUGAGCAUAGGACUGGCAGGAUGAGAUAUACUUAAUAUAAUACCUUUAUGUAUUUCAUUGUGGGAGAAGAAUCUUGUGUAAUUUAUAAUAAAAUUAAUGUGACUAACUGAUGGAGACUGGAAAAUUGAGAUUGUAUUUAAAAAUAAUGCUGCACAAUGUUGCCACAGUUUAACAAGUAAAGAUUUACCUUCUAAUUCUGGAUUUGUUGACUUAAGAACUUUUGUAGUCUCAGGUAAUAUACCAGAGAUAGGUGUGGCUGAUAAUUUACAUAUAGUUUUGUUAUAUUUAAUUAAGUAGAUUCAAGAAGAUUGUUAACUUUAUAGAGCCUAUCUUUGCUUAAAUUGUGACUAAAGUCACAACUUGCCAGUCACCUGAAGUGUGAUUUGACUUUGAAGAUGGCUUCUCCCAAAUGAUUUAUGAGAUGUUGAACCUGCUGAGCUCGUGUGGCAUGAAAUAAUUUUGAUUGUGCUAUUGAACAAGUGAACCUUUGAGGUACAGCCUGAAUUAAAAUCAGAAAGAAAUUGUGUCAAUAGUUAGUGUACUGAAAUCCUCUUACUCAAAUCCCUAUUGCUGGUUUGGACUGAUUGGUCUUGUCAAUGCUAAUGUGACAACUUUUUUCAAAACCAGAGGUAAGAAUGGGUACAUACAUUAUUAUAGACAUGCAUAUACCACAAAUUCUGGCCAAAUUUGCUGUAACUUCAUUAGUGAAUUGAUUGAUAGAAUGUAAUGUGAAAGAAGGAUGAGACUCCAUAAUCCUAAAGGAUAUACUCUUCAGUUAGCCCUUAGGACUUGCUCUGUCAUCGAAUCCCGUAGCUAGUUGUAAGCAAAGUUAUCACAUUCCAGUGUAAAACUCAGUGAGCUCCUGAUCUCUUCCAUCCCCUUUUCACUUCUACUGAAAAGAAACUGCAUGAAACAUUCAUCCACUAACAGCCUCUGUGAGUUGGCUGACAUCAGAAAGCUGCUAAAAGUUGGUCACCUUUACACAGUAUGGAUAGGGUCUUUCCAAUGCUGUUAAUAAUAGUAGGCUAAAUUAGGUAUUAGGAAGAAGUUCUUUACUGUGAGGGUGGUGGGACACUGGCACAGGUUGCCCAGAGGAGCUGUGGAUGCCCCAUCCCUGGAAGUGUUCAAGGCCAGGUUGGAUGGGGUUCUGAACAACCUGGUCAGUGGAAAGUCCUGCCCAUGGCAGGGGGGUUGGAAUGAGCUGAUCUUUAUGGUCCCUUCCAACCCCGACCAUUUAAUGAUUUUGUGAUCUUUUGCUUGUGCUAUAAUCAGGUGAUGAUGCAUCAUGUCUUGUGGAUUUUGCACUGGUUUUGCUUGGGAUGAGUUAAUUUUCUUCACCGUAGCUGGUAUGAGGCUGUAGUUUGGAUUUGUGCUGAAAACACUGUAGAUUAUGCAAGAAUUUUUUCAGUUAUUGCUGAGCAGUCCUUGCAAUGAGCCAAUGCCUUUUCUGCUCUUCACAUGCCUCGCCACCAACUGGGCUUGGGGUGCAUGAGGAGUUGGAAGGGGACACAGCCAGGACAGCAGACCCAAGGGAUACCCUAAACCAUAUGAUGCCAUUCUCAGCAACAAUCCAGGGGGAAGGCUGGCAGUGAAGAACUGCAGCUCAGGGACUGCCUGAGCACUGGUCUGUUGAUGGUGAGCAAUUUUCAUUUGCAUCACUUGUCUUUUUUUGGGUUUUAGUUCACUCUCUGUUAAUUCCCUUUUCAUUAAUUUUUUUUAUUAUUACUACAAUUAUUUAAUUUUAAUUGUUUAACUGUUCUUAUGUCAACCCAUGAGUUUUCUCACUUUUACCUUUACAAUUCUCUUGCCAUCCCACUGCAGGUGGGGACUGAGCAAGCAGCUGUUUUGGGGCUUAACUACUUGUGGUUAAACCAGAAUACUACUGGUAAAACCACUUGGUGACUCAGCCAUCGUGUGUCUCACCUUCUAGCAUUUUUGAAGGCUAAACCUCUUAAAUCAAGUCUGUGAACCUUACAGUUCAGCUGUUUCCCAUUUCUCUUGCUCUAAGUCUGAAAAUCACGUUUCUUUCUCUAAAUUGAGUUUCAAUGUCACGGGAUAACAGUAGACUGUAUGGACCAUUGUUUUUAACCACAAUAUGAUGUUAUUUGCCUCAUUUUUAAAGAGCUCGAGCAUUUCAGUCUCUGCUGAAUACCAAGAAUGGAUGAGCUGAUGACCCACUAUUUGCAUGGCUUCCAAAUCUUAUGCAUCAGCAAUAUGGGAUUUGACUUGGAUCACAUUUGAUGUGCUCAGUUGGUUGGUGUUAAUAACGCCAGGGUCACGGGCUCAAUCGCCCUAUGGACCAUUCACUUAAGAGUUGGACUUGAUUAUCCUUGUGGGUUCCUUCCCCAGAAUAUUCUGUGAUUCCUGAAGACAAAUUUGAAUAAACUGCAAAAAAAUAUGUGCAGGUUGUGAUCACAUGACUGGACAGUGGAGUGAGGUUCCAGUGUGCACAUAACUAUUAUCCUAAUAAGGCAAGAAAAAAUGAAACAGUGAAACUAAUUGUAUAAACAUAGCUGCAAUACAAACAGGACUCUCUUAAGUGUGAUUUUGUCAGAAACAGAAAAGGAAGUAAUAGUUUCUAUCAUCUAUGCUAAAAAUCUCUGAUGUGAGUAGUUUCUAAGUCAGCUUAUGAAAACCAUUUCUGGUGUCUCAAGUAUGGAUGCUGAUGUAAACUACAGCUUUGGAAACAGCAUCUUGUGCACAUGGUAUCUUGUCAUUCCACAACAGUUUUCUGCAAGUAUUUAGAGAAAAGCACCACAACAGUCAACAUUCCUAUGUUAUCUCAGCCAAGUAAGAGAAACAAGCACUAAAAAUAAGUUCACAACACAGAUAUUGCUCACACUUGAGAUAAUGUACCUGGCUUCAAAAUUGGCUCACCUAGCCAGGUCUGGCAGUUCUAGCUCUUUAAAAUCCAGUCUAUACCAGUCUCAAAAUCACUUCAGCUAAACCAGCUUUAAACUGUUUAAAAACUUCUGCUACUGAAGAUGGGCCUUAAUUGCCAUAUAACUCAGAAUGAGAUAAGGAAAAUUUGGGAAAAUAAGCACAUAGCAGUUAAAAAGAAAUAUGUUAUCUAGGGUAGGAAUAAAGGAGUCAACACAAUUUUUAAUCACUAGAGCAUAAAAUGUCAAAGCAACAAUAUUUUAUUUUUUUUGUUUCUGUAUUCUUCUGAAUAAAAAAUAAAGCUUUUGUUUAAAAAAUAUUGACAUGAGGCCUUAAGACCUUACAUAUUCUAACUUUAGCAUGGAAAGUCUAUUUUUACAACCAUGUUAGAAAUUCUGUAUAUAGGCCUGACUGACCUUGUAAGUGGAGUGGUGAGAGCAGCUAAUCAUGCAAUAUUUUAAGGCUCUGUAGAACAGGAAAUGCUGAUUUAGUUUGAUUAUUGGUACAAGAACUCCUGCUCACUGCCUGUGUAGACUUUGCAUACUUUACGCUUGGAAAUACAGUCCAGAACAUACUCAAACUGUGAAUAUAUAACCUGAUAUUUCUUUUCUUAAGGAUAAAAAUAUAUUACAAUAGGUAAUAUUUUAUAUAGAAUACAGUACUUAUUUUUAUUGUUGCAUAAAUGCAAAAUAUUUUUUUCAGAAUAGCAAAGCAUUAUGGAAUUUUUAAUCUGCUGGAGGAAACACUAUUUACUGUAUGACCAGUUCUUUCAGCAAAGCUUUUGGAGUGGUAUAUACCAACUGGCUCUGCCAGCUUCAUUUUGUGCUGAUAUUUAACUUGGGCAUUGCUGUAAAAAAAAAGCUGUUUUUUCACUCAUACUAGCCAUUACUGAAAGAGGCAAGGAGAAUCAUGUUUCACCCCUGUGGCUGGGCUAGUGUUGGCAAAAACAAUGAUUUGCAUCAUAUCAUUGUCUUUGCUAGUUAAAAAUCUUUAAAAACCGUACCUGAUGUAAUAAAAAUGCAAGAUUUUCACAAACAUCAAAAUGAAGCACUGCAGUUUACAACUUUCUAGCUUUGAGUGUGAUAUUUUUGUCAUAAACAUUACAGGCAUUGGGCUGUUGAAUGAAUCUGGCUUUCAUGUAGCUAAACAAAAUGUUGCUUUUUAUAAAAACAAAUCGUUGUAAUUUGGGGUUCUAAAUUCCUGCUCACUUUUAAUAAUAAACAGCGUCACAAUAUCCACUUCUACAAGAGUAUUUAAUACAAAUGCCUGUGGUUUUCAAUGUUACUAACAUAUUGUAACAUCAGUAAAGUGACUUUCAAUGACAAAGACUCUUGUGUGUAUUUUGUUCUUCUGAUUCACUGUAUUUAGCACUAUCUGUUUUAUAGCUCUCUAUAAAAUAAAGAUGUUGCCUGCAGCA